AUGACGAAAACUAACCCACAAAAAAAUCAGAGAGCAAACCACAAACGACCGGAUUUCACUGGUCAAGAUUAUAUAAUGAAGGUACGGCAUCCACGUCCACGACAACAAAACAAGAAAACGCGCGUUUGCGUAAGGUGCAUGAAAACGGCGAUAGAGCUCGAUGGACUGCACAAGAAACUUGAUUCCGUGACCCAGAUACUCGACAAUUUCGGCGUCACAAACGUAGAAAACAAAUAUACGUAUAGUCAUUUUUCGGCAGAGGCCUUGGUCGAAUUUUCAAAGAAGGUGGUCAUAAUCUGUGAAUCCUCAACAAACAAAUCAUGA